GCAGGCUCCAACCGAAGGUGCAGACCAAGGGGCUUGGAGAAGAGGGGAAAGGGGAAAAUCUGUCUAUUUAUCUAUCUAUCUAAAAAACCAAAGCCCCCACCUCUUCCUGUCUCCCCCUCUUCUUGACAAACCCAGUAGCUGAGAUAAAUCGGAAAAGGGUGGGCAGAAGCAGCAAGGAAAAAAACCUAAAAAGAGAGAAAGGGAGAGCUGACAAUGAUGCCUGAAAACAGGUGGGCUGUUGAGCUGUCAUUCUGCAGCUAAACAGCAUGCAGUCCUUUCGGGAGCAAAGCAGUUACCACGGAAACCAGCAGAACUACGCGCAGGAAGUGCAUGGUGCAUCCCGGCUAGAAGAAUUUAGCACCCGCCAGCAGGCUCAGAUGUUCCAGAGCUUUGGAGGAGGUGGAGGAAGCAGUAGCAGUGGGCGACGUGGAGCAACAGGAAGCUCUGCCUCAAUGGCUGGUGAGAAUUCUGGACAUCAGAGCUAUCAAGGUUUCAGAAAAGAAGCAGGAGAUUUCUAUUAUAUGGCCUCUGGUAAGGAUCCUGUAACAGCCGGAGGACAGCAGCUCCCUCAGCGUAGGCCUUCUGGACCAGUGCAGAGCUACGGGCCACCACAAGGGAGCAGCUUCGGGAAUCAGUAUGGGAGUGAGGGUCAUGUGAACCAGUUUCAAACACAACACUCAUCCCUUAGUGGCGUAACUCACUAUCAGCAGGAUUAUACUGGCCCUUUCUCCCCUGGUAGUACUCAGUACCAACAGCAGACUUCUAGCCAGCAGCAGCAACAAGUGCAACAGAUGAGGCAGCAGCUCUACCAGUCUCAUCAGCCUUUGUCGCAGGCCUCCAACCAGUCUGCCUCUAACACAUCUCAUUUGCAACCAAUGCAGCGUUCCUCAACUCUGCCUUCAUCUGCUUCUGGCUAUCAGCUACGUGUGGGUCAGUAUAGCCAGCACUACCAGCCUCCAGCCUCUUCAUCAACAUCAUUUCCUUCUCCUCAGCGUUUUGGCCAAUCUGGACAGAACUAUGAUGGUAGUUACAAUGUGAAUACUGGUUCACAGUAUGAGGGACAUGCUGUGAGUUCAAGUGCACAAGGUUAUGGGACUCAAUCAAAUUACAGCUUUCAGGCACAGCCAAUGAAGAAUUUUGAGCAGUCAAAGUUGGCCCAAGCGGGUCAACAGGCACAAGGACAGGCACAACAAUCUCAGCAGCAGCAGCCGCCACCACCACAGCAGCAGCAGCCUCAGCAGCAGCCGUCACAGCCUCCCUCACAGCAUGUAAUGCAGUACUCAAAUACUGCAACAAAGCUAACUCUGCAAAGUCAAGUGGGGCAGUAUAAUCAAGCUGAGGUUCCUGUAAGAUCACCCAUGCAGUUCCAUCAGAAUUUCAGUCCUAUAUCUAACCCCUCACCAGCUGCCUCUGUGGUUCAGUCUCCUAGCUGCAGCUCUACACCAUCUCCUCUCAUGCCAAGUGGUGAGACUCUCCAAUGUGGACAAAGCAACAUACCUGUAGCCUCUAGAAACCGCAUCUUACAGAUGAUGCCUCAGCUUAGUCCAACAACAUCCAUGAUGCCAAGCCCCAGUGGUCAGAGUGGAGGUUUCAAAGGAUUUGGGCUUGAAGGAUUGCAAGAAAAGAGGCUUACAGAUCCAGGACUAAGCAGUCUAAGUGCCCUAAGUAGUCAAGUGGCUAAUCUUCCCAAUACGGUCCAGCACAUGUUACUCUCAGAUGCUUUGGCUCCUCAAAAGAAAAGCUCCAAAAGGUCUUCAUCAUCCAAAAAGGCUGAUAGCUGCACAAAUUCAGAAGGUUCCUCACAGGCUGAAGAACAACUUAAGUCUCCUCUAGCAGAGUCCAUUGAUGGUGGCUGCUCCAGUAGCUCUGAGGAUCAAGCUGAGAGGGUGAGACAAUUGAGUGGUCAGAGCACCAGUUCAGACACCACCUACAAGGGGGGUAAUUUAGAGAGAUCUCACUCAUCACCAGCACAGGCAUCUCAAAAUGAGCCCCCAAAACUGAGCACCAGCCCUGCAGAUGAGGAAGAAGUAGUGUCUCCUCCUGAAGAGAAGGAGGCCUUAGUUGCUAUGGAAACUCCUCCAAAGGUAAAUGAAAAGUCAGUUGGUGUGAUAGUCUCCCGAGAAGCUAUGACAGGAAGAAUAGAAAAGCCAAGUGGGCAAGAUAAACCCCAACAAGAUGAUGCUUCUGCUGGUACUCAAGCACCACCGUCUACCAGUGUGAUGAAGGAGACCACUCUUACAGGAUCACAGCAAGAGUCUCAAGGAGGAAGUAAAGGAAAUAAAAGUGGGGACAACAAUACUAAUCAUAAUGGAGAUGGAAAUAGCCAGAUGGCACAUGCUGUCAUUGGCUGUAACUUUCCUGGCAGAACAGAGCCUUCCAAAUCACCUGGCAGUCUGAGAUAUAGCUACAAAGACAAUAUAGGAGUUAGUGUGCAGAGAAAUGCUGGCAACUUCCCACAGUACCCUUCCAGUCAGGAUAAAGGGGAUUUUCCAGUACACAGUGAACGAAAGGGCAGAAAUGAGAAAUUUCCUAGUCUGUUGCAGGAAGUCUUGCAAGGCUAUCAUCAUCACCCUGACAGAAGAUACUCUAGAAAUGCACAAGAUCAUCAUGGAAUGGCUGCAAAUGUGGAAAGUGCUAUGAGACCUAAUGUCCUGAUCAGUCAAGCCAAUGAAUUAAGUAACAGAGGUCUUUUAAACAAAAGUAUAGGAUCUCUUUUGGAAAAUCCACACUGGGGCCACUGGGAUAGAAAGUCAAGUGGCACAGCUCCUGAGAUGAAACAGAUAAAUCUGGCUGACUAUCCCAUGCCUAGAAAGUUUGAGAUAGAAUCCCAGUCUUCAGCUCAUGAAGGAGGAGGACUUUCUGAAAGGAGAUCAGUUAUUUGUGAUAUAUCACCUUUGAGGCAGAUUGCUAGAGAUCCAGGGCUUCAUUCUGUAGGACAUAUGAGCACUGAUGGCAGAACUGGAAGGAGUGAUCGUCUAACUCCUGGUUUAGGACAGUCGGUCAUCCUCCCUGGUGGUCUGGUUGCCAUGGAAACAAAACUGAAGUCUCACAGUGGCCAGAUCAAAGAAGAGGAUUUUGAACAGUCUAAGUCCUCUGCCAGCAUCAAUAACAAAAAAUCAGGAGACCAUUGUCAUCUUGCCAGUUUUAAGCAUGAGUCUUACCGAGGGAAUCCUAGUCCUGGAGCUGCAGUACUUGAUUCUGCUGACUACAUGCUACAGCAGGAUAGCCGAUCAGUGCAGCUGAGACGAGGACCUGGCAGAAUGGGAAAUAGCCGUGAGGGAAUGAGAGGUAAAUCCCCCUCUCAGUUUCAUGAUUUGGCAGAAAAACUGAAGAUGUCUCCUGGCAGAAGCAGAGGUCCCGGGACAGAUCUUCAUCAUAUGAAUCCGCACAUGGUGCUUUCUGACAGGGUCAACCGGGGGUCCUUGCACUCUCCUUUUCCAUCAAAUUCUGAAAGCUCCUCUUUGGCUUCAGUGUAUCACACUAAUACUCGAUCUCAUGCUUAUGGUGAUCCUAACCAGGGUUUGAAUUCCCAGUACCACUACAAAAGGCAGCUAUAUCAACAACAGCAGGAAGAAUAUAAAGAUUGGAACAGCAGUUCUGCCCAGGGGGUGAUAGCGGCAGCUCAACAUAGGCAGGAGGCAGCUAAAAAGAGCCCAAGGCAGCAGCAGUUCAUGGACAAAGUAAGGAGUCCUUUGAAAAAUGACAAGGAUGGAAUGAUGUAUCUUCAUUCUGGUUCUUACCAUGAUAUUGGAAGCCAAGAAGCCACCCGUUGCUUGCUGGGGAAUGAUAGUGCUCUUCAGAAUAAGUGCAGUGAAAUUAAGCAGAAGAUUCAGCAACAUGAAUCAGGCUGGGAUCUUUCCCGGCAAAUGGCUCCUGGGAAGAACAGUGGGUCUCUAGGGGCAGCCAGUCAGAAGAGAUUUGGUCCUCAAGACAGUGAUCCACACAGGCGUGAUGAUGCUGGAGAUGUACUUAAAUCUGGCAAUACUCUGGUAAGGAUCCCAGGUCAAGAAGAUCACUCGCCUCAGAAUCCUUUAAUCAUGAGAAGGAGGGUCCGUUCUUUCAUUUCUCCUAUUCCCAGCAAGAGACAGUUGCAGGAAAUGAAGAACAGUGUCACCGAAGACAAGACACGCCUGCUUGCUGCAUCAAAAGAAGGAGCUGAUAAAACCCUCAACUCUUAUACCCGCUGUUCACCAAGCCAAGAUGUUGGCAAGUCACUCUCUAAAGGAGAAUCUUCUAGAAACCUUCCAAGUCCUGACAGUAGAAACUGUUCUGCUGUUUCUCUUACAAGUCCAGCUAAAACAAAAAUUCUGCCUCCACGGAAAGGCCGUGGCCUAAAAUUGGAAGCAAUUGUUCAGAAAAUCACAUCUCCCAAUGUUAGGAGAAGUACUUCAUCAAACUGUGCUGAAGCUGGUGCAGAUGCUGUCACUCUUGAUGACAUUUUGUCCCUGAAAAGAGCUCCACCAGAGGGUGGGGACGCGGCUAAUCAUGGGGUGGAAGCAGAAAGUAUAAAAGAAGAGAUUGUAUUAGAUCAAGAAGGCCAAGAGCUGACCAGUGAAAUCUCUCUAACAAUAUCAUCUGAAGAAUGGCAUGGGGAGGGAGACGAGGUAGUAAAAAAGGAGACAACUGAGCUUUCCAAUGUUGGCAAGGAGGGCUCAGUGCCCUCUGUGAUUCCAGCAUCUUCACAGAAAUCUGUUGGUCAAGGAAGAACAGAUGGAUCUUUAGCUGGAACAGGAUCUUUAGGCUUUUCUGAAACAAAAACUGUCUCCCCAUCUAACAUCUUGACUCCUGAAGCAAAUGCAAAAGCUGAGGAAAAAGAUGGAAAUGUAGUUAUUGUGACACCUAAGCCAGAACCCUUUCCUCCAAAGGGAUAUUUUCCUUCUGGUAAAAAGAAGGGAAGGCCUAUUGGUAGUGUGAAUAAACAGAAGAAGCAGCAGCAGCCGCUGCCACCACCACCACCUCCACCACUUCCAACAGUACCAGAAGCAUUACAGCCACCAGAGGAAGCAGUAGGGGGAGAACCUAAGCCUAAGAGACAACGAAGAGAAAGGAGGAAAACUACAGCCCAGCCACGAAAGAGGAAAGCAAGACGAGCUGCUCCAAUUGUGGAGCCUCAGGAGCCAGAAAUCAAACUGAAGUAUGCCACCCAAUCCCUUGAUAAAACUGAUACCAAGAAUAAAUCUUUUUUCCCUUAUAUUCAUGUAGUAAACAAAUGUGAGAUAGGUGCUGUGUGCACAAUAAUUAAUGCAGAGGAAGAGGAGCAGAAUAAGCUGGUGAGAGGCCGGAAAGGGCAGAGGUCAUCAACGCCUCCUCCCAGCAAUGCUGAGAGCAAAGUACUGCCUACUUCAUCUUUCAUGCUACAGGGUCCUGUAGUAACAGAAUCUUCUGUCAUGGGCCACUUGGUUUGCUGCCUGUGUGGCAAGUGGGCCAGUUAUCGUAACAUGGGUGACCUCUUCGGACCUUUCUAUCCACAAGAUUAUGUGGCUACGCUGCCCAAGAAUCCUCCCCCUAAGAGGGCCACAGAAAUGCAAAAUAAAGUCAAGGUACGGCAUAAAAGUGCUUCUAAUGGUUCCAAGACUGAUACAGAGGAGGAGGAAGAGCAGCAGCAGCAAAAGGAGCAGAGAAGCCUGGCUGCCCACCCUCGCUUUAAGAGACGCCACCGCUCUGAGGACUGCACUGGAGCUUCUCGGUCACUUUCAAGAGGAGCUGCUUGUAAAAAGGCAACCACUGAGGGUGGCAGUAUGGGUGAGAAAACUCCUUUAGACUCUAAACCCCCCAUUCCCACUUCUGAAGGUGUCCCAGAGUUGGAAUUACAAAUUCCUGAACUACCUCUUGACAGUAAUGAAUUUUGGGUCCACGAGGGCUGUAUUCUCUGGGCCAAUGGGAUUUACCUGGUCUGUGGCAGGCUCUAUGGGCUUCAGGAAGCUGUGGAAAUAGCUAAAGAAAUGAAAUGUUCUCAUUGCCAGGAGCCAGGAGCCACCUUAGGCUGCUACAACAAAGGCUGCUCCUUCCGAUAUCAUUAUCCAUGUGCCAUCGAUGCAGAUUGUUUACUAAAUGAAGAGAAUUUCUCAGUGAGGUGCCCCAAGCACAAGCCCCUCCCCCCUUGCUCUCUUCCCUCCUUGCAGAACAAGAUGGUGAAAGGCAGCCUCAGCACAGAGCAGUCCGAGCGGGGGUGAGGGGGGAAGUGUCUCGUGGGAAUGAAAAUAAAGCAAGCACAGGUUAGACUGUUGAGAUAAGAAAGCGGUGGACAUUCAAGAUUCAAUUGAUUCUUUCCCACUGUGCAGUCAUGCCCCUCUCUUGAUGUGCCUGCCAAUGCCAGCACUUCCUUCAUCAACUCUUUCAUCACAACUGACCGAAAACAUCACAGAAUAUGAUCAAGGAGUCUGAACCAGCUGUUUUCAUGGACACAAUCUCCAUAGUGACUAUGGGAAGGGGAGGGAAAAAGAAGAGAAGGUGGGGGAAUUAAAGAGGGAGGGAUAAAAUAUAUAUAUAUAGAUAUAUAUAUAUUAAAAGAUCUAUUUUUAGUCUUGAUAGACUUGUUUUAAAUGAAAGGUGCGCUAUCCCUUUUUAUGCAUUAAAUUCAAUUUUUAGGAUUCAUGUAUGUUCCAAGUUGCUCAUAAUAAGUGAAAUUCAUAACAAGGCCUUUGCAAAUGAUUCUCAUCUAGUUUCAGAAAAGGAUUAUGGAGUUAAUGAGCUUGCUUAAUCAAACUUGUCUUUUCACUCCAUCUUCCACAAAGAAAACCCAGGUUUCAAAGAAUACAGAUUUUUUUCUUUGUUAUUGUUGCUGGCAAGUUAUUCGCAGUGGGGAUGGGGGAGUGAAUGGUUGCAGGGGAUAGAAUGUUUGUAUUUGUGUACGUAUGAACAGGGGAUUUUUCUUUUUAAGAAACACUAUUUAUUUUAUUAAGAAAGGAAGCCUGAGAAGCGUCAGAAGACUCCUGUGUCAUGUGGCUUGUGAAAUAAGAGUGGUUUCUACUAGCUUCAUAUUCUGACCUUAUAUACAUGACUCUGUCUGUACCAAAAGGUGGGGGAUUUGGACCGUCUUGGCCUUGACAAAUACUCCCACAUCAUUCCAAGGAGAUGCUGCCUUUUUAAAAGGGCAGUCUGGAGUAGGAUGUUGGCUUGCCUACCAGAAAGGGGCAUUUAACAGGAAGUCUGAAUGUUGACAUAAUCAGUGUGUGUUAAGCUGACAAGGAAAAUCCAGUUAACCCUUCUCUUCUCUGUAUUUUGUUUCCCAAAGGAAGGAAGGGAGAAUGUCAAUUUAUCAGCCUACACCACAUGGUUACUUUUUGUUUGUUUGUACAUUGUGUAAUUUUUAAACAUUUGAGUUUUAAAAAAGAAAAACCUUUUCUCUUGUUAAGGCCUUAAGAAGGGGUUAGUGCAUCUUUCAGGGGUCACUCUGCCAUGGGAAUAAAAUAGCUGUUUCACAAACAGUUUUAUAUAAAAAAACUAAAACAAAACAAAAAAACCCACAAAAAAACCUAAUAAACUUCAUUUUAACCUUG